GCGGGGAUGGGCUGAGGGGAGGCGGCGCCGCCGGCGCUUCUUUCCCUCCCCUGCUCCCCCCGGGAAGCGGCUGGCUGCGGGCUGCCUCUCGCUCCCCCCCCCCUCCCUUUUCAUUUUUAUUUUAUUUUAUUUUAAUCCCCCCCUCCCCUCCCUCCCCCCCCGUGCGGCGGCGGCGGCGGCGGCCCGCCUUCCUCACCUCCCGUCGCCGCGGCCCCGCACCGGCCCCGCCAUGGCGACAUGAGCCCGCCGGCCGCCGCCGCCGCCGCCGCCCCGGACAUGGGGCCCGCACGGUGCUGAAGCGCCGCGGAGGAGCCCCGCCGCCCUCACCCCGCCAUGGGGUGCUGAUGGCCGGGCCCCGCCGGGCACCCCGCCGCCGCGCAGGGGAGGUAUUUAUAUAUCAUGAGGUUCCUGUCAGCCCGUUUCUCCAGCAUAUUGAGGUUCUUCUGGAUGGCAGCUGGACCCUCUGGUAUAUCAUCACUACCUCCUCAUUCAGAUCAUUAACUGUUGUGGUUUAACCUCAGACAGCAACAAAGCACCACGCAGCUGCUUGCUCACCCCCACACCCCAGUGGGAUGGGGAGGAGAAAUGGCAAAGGUAGCUGUAUCCAGCUGGGUGGCAGGUGGAUCCAAGGGUUACCAUGAAGUUUUCAGGACCCCUGGAGAGCCAGAGGUUGUCUCUCCUCCUGGAGACGGCAAUCUCUAGGGAAGCUCAAAUGUGGAAAGCACAUGUGCCGAAAAUUCAGCCCAAUCAGGAUGUAGCCAUUUCUCCAAAGCAGAGGGAUGAGGUCAUUCAGUGGCUGGCCAAGCUCAAAUACCAGUUCCACCUUUAUCCAGAAACGCUCGCCCUGGCCAUCAGCCUUUUGGACAGGUUUUUAGCUGCAGUAAAGGCCCGUCCAAAGUACUUGAACUGUAUUGCAAUCAGCUGCUUCUUCCUCGCUGCAAAGACCAUUGAGGAAGAUGAGAGGAUUCCAGUACUGAGGGUGUUGGCUCGGGACAGCUUCUGUGGUUGUUCUCCAGCUGAAAUUCGCAGGAUGGAGAAGAUUAUCCUGGAUAAACUGAACUGGGAUCUUCACAUGGCAACGCCACUGGAUUUCCUUUAUAUUUUCCACGCGGUUGCGGUGUCCAACAGGCCUCAGCUACUGACCGUCCUGCCCAAGCUGAGCCCCUCUCAGCACGUGGCGGCACUCACCAAGCAGCUGCUGCACUGCAUGGCCUGUUACCAGCUGCUGCAGUUCAAGGGCUCCAUGCUGGCGCUGGCCAUCGUCAGCCUGGAGCUGGAGAAGCUGCUCCCCGACUGGCUGGCUCUCAUCAUCGAGCUGCUCCAGAAGGCACAGAUGGAGAGCUCGCAGCUGAUCCACUGCCGGGAGCUGGUGGCACAUCGCCUUUCCACUCUGCAGUCUUCUCUGCUGCCCAAUCCUGUAUAUGUCUACAGUCCCCUCCAGCAUACCCUGGUGACCUGUAACAGAGGAGCGUUCAAAUGCCAGCCCUCCUCUGUCCCAGGGCCGGGUUUCUCCAAGGACAACGGCAGGCCAGAAGUGCCAGUCUCAGGUACAGCCGCGCUCUACCAGCGUCUGCCGGCGUCCAGCGGUUCCAAGCAAGCCUCUGCCAAGCGCAAAGUGGAAGAGAUGGAAGUGGACGACUUCUACGACGGUAUCAAGCGCCUCUACAACGAAGACAUCGCCCCAGAGGUAGUGGCUCUGGAAAACGUGGGCUCUGUCUGUGGCGCCGAUGUCUCCAGGCAGGAGGGCAGCGUUUCCCCGUGUCCACCCCUGCAGCCGGUGUCUGUCAUGUAGGUGUGAGCGCGCGCCAGCCGCUCGGCUGCAGCCCCUGGGGCCGCGGGGGGAGCAGGGCCCGUACCUUGUCAGGCUGAACUGAAGGGAGCCAAAAAAAAAGGAUACAAAAAAAAUCCCACCCCUUUUUCGAUUUUAAUUUUCUUGUGCGGCUUAAUUCUAGUUCCACUAUUUCAGCACUUAAAAACACAAAAAAGUAUAAAAAGCUAAAAAAAGACCCAAAAACCAAACAAAAAAAGUAGCAAAAAUUGUUUCUUUCUAGUGUUGUCGGUUCCACUGUUUUCCUGCUCCUGUGCGUUGUAACCCAUCUCCGUGUCCCAGAGCUCACAUGAGCUGUGCAGCCUUGUCCCGGGUCUCCCAGCCACUGACACCUCUCCCUGCCACCUCCAUCCGGCCCUCGCCCGCUCUCCGCUCACCCCUCCGAACUCCCGGCGAGUCUCGUGCACCAUGUUCUGUCCUACCCCCCCUUCACCACGGCCUGCUUUCUCCUUACUGAAGGAAAAGACCUUUCUUGUUUGUUUUGUUAGCACUUUGGUGUUUAAACGUGAGAAUAUUUAAAAACUGGAUUUAAAUUAAAAGACAGUCAGGAAAAAACCAAACCAGCCCCAAGCAAACGCUUGCAAGCUGCUCCCCACUUCAGUAAUAACCAGGGGAACGUGAACAUCCCCUGGCAGACGGCUGGGGCAGCUGCACCUGACACAGAGACAUCUUCCCCUUAGAAUAGUUGGAGUUUCAAACACAGAAAGCAGUUCACAGGUUUUUGUCUCACUUGAGUAAAAACAAUAUAUUUUUUUUCCUCGUUUGCACCAAGAAACAUUGCACUCAGUGUGGAUUUUCACCAACACUUGACUGUACAUCAAGUGUAGACCUGAAAUUCUGCAGUGUGUUUUCUGCCCCGUGUCCAUAAGCUUUGCACGCGAGCAGCGCUGCUCGGGGAGCUGCUGGGGCGGCUGCACACGCCCGAGCUUUGAAAGGUGUGGAAUUACCAGCCACAAAACCAGACCAAAACACCCUAAACCCUAAAGUUUUGUGUUCAUGUAACCUCUAACCAAGAGUAAAAACCUUGAAAAACUUCUCUUAAAUGUUACACCUCUGUUUCUCAGAAUGACCUGUCCCAAUUGUAAGCUCUCUCCACAGCCCUGAGGAAGGUAUCAUAUUUGGAGCCAUUGUACUGAUGAAAGCCUUCUGGUAGCAAUAAAGAAAGUUGUCCUGGA